AUGGUGGUGUCCCGACCCCGCGAGCGCGAGCAACAGGAUAAUGGAGACGCCAGCGCCACCCGCACCUCAAAUACCCCUACCAGGAGGAUGUCGAGAGCUGACUCCAGCCCGCCCAAGAAGGACCGGGACAGGGAGAGGGACCGGGACAGGGACAGGGACCGGCAGAUCAAGUCCUCGGCCAAAGACGUCGCGGAACUCACUGACUUUGUAUGUCUUCUCUAUCUUGCCGUGAGGGAGGGAGAGAGAAAGAGAAAGAGAGAGGAGGGGCGGGAGUUGACAGACAGUGAAUGGAUGGAAUGGCUAAUAGCUCUGAAUUGGGGCACCGGCGAGACAGUUGCCGUCAAGCAGAUACGGCUGGCGGAUCUGCCAAAAAGUGAGCUGAGGGUUAUCAUGCAAGAAAUAGACCUGUUGAAGAAUCUAGAUCAUCCAAAUAUCGUCAAGUACCAUGGUUUUGUAAAGUCUGCCGAAACCCUAAACAUCAUAUUAGAAUCUAACACGUCUGAUAGGUACUGCGAAAACGGCUCGCUGCAUUCGAUCUCCAAGAACUUUGGCCGGUUCCCUGAGAACUUGGUUGGACUAUAUAUGUCUCAGGUCCUCCACGGAUUGCUAUAUCUGCACGAACAAGGUGUCAUACACAGGGACAUAAAGGGCGCAAACAUCUUGACUACAAAGCAGGGCCUAGUGAAGCUUGCGGAUUUUGGUGUCGCCAGCCGAACUACGGGUCUUCAUGAGUCCAGCGUCGUCGGAACACCGUACUGGAUGGCUCCCGAGGUUAUUGAACUAUCCGGUGCUACAACAGCUUCGGAUAUAUGGAGUUUAGGCUCAACUGUUAUAGAACUGCUUGAAGGGAAGCCGCCGUACUAUAAAUUCCAACCCAUGCAGGCCUUAUUCCGCAUUGUCAAUGACGACCACCCCCCGCUGCCCCAGGGCGCUUCUCCUGCCGUACGGGACUUCCUGAUGCAGUGCUUUCAGAAGGACCCGAAUCUACGGGUGUCUGCCAGGAAAUUGCUCAAACACCCAUGGAUAGUGAAUGUUCGUCGAUGUGACUCCGUUGUCCCCAAGAAAUCAACAGAGUACGAAGAGGCAGUCAGGAGCGUUCAGGAGUGGAACGAAGCACUUCGGUCCCCUAAUUCAAAUGCCAUCCGCAAGCCCUCCCAGCACCAGCAACCAGGAAUAGGGAGUAGCCCUAUCUCAACGCAAAAGGAACCUAACCCUCUAAAUAUACCAAACCGAGACACCUCGUCUCUAUUAAACAUGAAUGCUGCAGAAAAGUAUCGCUCCCCAGAGAACACCAACGAUGAUAAUUGGGACGACGACUUUGCCUCUGCCAUCUCUCCCGGUGCACUUCACCUGCCACACCUCAAACCACAAGAUAAUUUCGACGGAAUGCUAUCUCCUGAAAAAUUGAAAGCCUUUGCAUCUCUUGAAGGCAUAACGGAGCUCUGCCAGACAGAUAACCCCGGUAUAGACAAUGACGGCCAGAUUAACGAUGCCAUGAAUAAUGACGAACCCGACCCCUUGCAAACUAUUCGGCCACGUUCUCGAAGGUCUUUUGAUGACGAAGUUAUGCCACCACGCAGCCCACGCAGAAGGCAUAGACAAUACCCGGUUUCUGCGUUUAGGAGAGGGCCGAUUAUAUCGUCGACGUCAGGAGCGGUGAAACCAAUUCGUCAACGACCAGCAAAUUUCUACGAAGAGAGCUCCGUCGAAGAUUAUUCAGAUCUCAUUGAAGCAAACGAUGAAGUUCUGGAAAGUAAAUUAUCUGCCAUGCCGGGCAUCGGACAAGACGAAAGUGCAGCCCAUACACAGCCCGUAAUGGGCCAAGAGAUCUUCUCGGGAGAUGAAAACACCCCCGUAAAACCAAGCGUACAUAGGAGAAAGAGGUCAGAAUUUGCUCGAUCUCGAUCAGCUAUUGAGAUAGAAAUGUAUGCAGAGGAUGAGGCAGACGAGGACUUCUCUGAUAUUCUGGGCGACAAUGAAAAUACCCUUGUCAAACUGGAGAGUGAGGAGGGCUCAGAUCGUAGCACCUUGAUGCUCAAUUCGAAACUAUCAACAAACUCAUGGCUGGGAGACAUUGAUGACGAGGAUGAUCCGUUUGCUCAGCUAGAGGAAGGCCUAGACGAACUCGACUUGGAAGCUAAUAUUGCACGAGAUAAAUAUGCACGGCUACGCAAUCAGGUGGAGGGACUUGUUAGCUCUUUGAAAACCUCACAGGACGACGAAGUUCUAGUGGAUAUCUCAGAGCAAUUGAUGACUAUAUUUUCAGAUAUGCCGGAAACAAAGUCUGUCAUCAUGAGUGCUCACGGAAUGCUUCCUAUUCUAGAAAUUUUAGACACCUGCAGGCGCCGGGAUGUAAUUUCCAACUUGUUGAAAAUUGUCAAUGCUAUCAUCUACAAUGAUUAUGAGAUUCAGGAAAAUCUGUGUUUCGUUGGUGGCAUCCCGAUUAUCAACAAGUUUGCUUCGAAGAAAUACCCAAGGGAAAUCCGUCUUGAGGCUGCGGCAUUUGUCCAGCAAAUGUACCAGACAUCAACUCUGACAUUGCAAAUGUUUGUCAGUGCUGGUGGACUGAAUGUCCUUGUCGAAUUCCUUGAAGAUGAUUAUGAGGAUGAAAGAGAGCUUGUGCUUAUCGGUGUCAAUGGUAUAUGGAGUGUGUUUGAGUUACAGGGAUCAACUCCAAAGAAUGACUUCUGUCGCAUACUUUCUCGAAACUCGGUCUUGGAUCCCUUGUCCCUCGUCUUGAGCAGAGUACUCGAUGAGGAAGAGGGUGAAAUGGCAGAGGUCUGCGAGGCUCGCAUUUCUAACAUCUUCUUCAUAUUCUCACAAGCCGAAAGCCACGUUAAAGAGAUGGUGGCAGAGAGAACCGUAUUGCAUCGUGUAUUGAAAGAAUUGAAGAGAAUGUCACCCACUCCUCAGAUAACGAUGCUCAAAUUUAUAAAAAACCUCUCCAUGCUGUCCACAACUCUUGAUUCUCUCCAAAACUCAAAUGCUAUUGACGUUCUAACUGAACUUCUCCGAUCAACAAUGAAAAAGCCUCAUUUCCGCGAAGUAUCAAAUCAGAUACUAAACACUAUCUAUAAUAUGUGCCGUCUAAGCAAGUCAAGGCAAGAAGACGCUGCUUUGAACGGCAUAAUACCUUUACUACAAAAAAUUGUUAAAACAGAACGGCCAUUGAAAGAAAUUAUCCUCUUUUUACUAAUAAGUAUUAUCAGGCUCCAAGAAGAAACCGCCAAAGUUGAAGAGUACCUCCUCGAUACCCAACAUGGAGACUCUUCCUUCACUAUAGCCAUUAUCCGAUGCAUGACAAUAUCAAAAGCCAAUGCCUUUGAGAACCUCCUUGAGCCUUUGCAAAAGUUGCUUCGGCUAAGUCCCGCCAUUGCAGCUACCUUUGCCAGGCCCGAUAUGUUUGAACGCAUUGGGCAAAAACUACAGCAUACUAAGCCAUCCGUUAGAGUGAACUUACUGCGAAUCCUAUCUACGAUAUGCGAUUCCAGCCAGGAACAAUGUGGCCUGCUUCGUCGCUACGGUUUACUUGAUGCUAUACGAGAACUGCAGAAAGACUCUCGUGUCCUUGUGAGAGAGCUCGCGGGUCAACUAGUAAAGAACAGCGAAGAUAGCGAUAAUGCAAGUUUGAAUGGGUCAAAACGAAGGCAAAGACGAAGAAGCACCUCUACAGCUGCUCCACCUAGCCUAAUAUCCAGCCACUCCAUGCCAGCUUCGCCUCAAGUGACUAGACCAAUUUCCCAAAAGCCAUAUUACGAAGGCCGAGAGUCUUCUCGCCGUCAGAACGGACUCGAUAGUUCUCUAAACCUCCGUCCUGGGAGCCGGGAUGGUGGAAGGCCGCCAAAUAUUCAUCCUGGUUUGUCGGGCAACGGCAGCACAGGAUUACCGGGCAAGACGCCGCGACUGAAUCAUAGGUUAUCACAACAAAUACUUCCCGGCUCACCGCAAAAGGAAGAAAUCAGGACCCCUACCACAACACGAACACCGUCCCUCCUUCAACCAUCAUCAAGGAGGCGCAGACAAACUAAUACCAGCUCAAACUGGUCUUGA